CACUGCGCAACGCAAGUAUACUCAAGUAGAAAGUACGCAAGCAUGUCUCUGCGCAAGGCCAAGUCUGGGUGUGUGCCGAUCAAGGUGACCAAGAAGGGCAAUGUCAAGGUCAUGCUGGUCUCAUCGAGCAAGUCGGGCAAGAACUGGGUCCUGCCCAAGGGCACGGUGGAGGCGGGAGAGACAGCGGAGGAGGCUGCGGUUCGGGAGACCCGCGAGGAGGCUGGCGUCGAGGGCGAGAUCAUCGACUCGUUGGGAUCAGUCUACUUUGCGAAGAAGGAUGCCGAGAUCGAGUUCUUUGUCCUCCUCACCACCAACCAGCUGAAGAAGAAGAAGUGGGAGGAGCGCAAGGCUCGCGAGCGGACGUGGAACUCGCUGGAGGAGACCCAAUCCAUGGUGACCGACGGCAACGCAAAGGACUACGUCGUUGAGGUCGUUCGCCGUCUUGGCAUCUGGCUCCGCGACAACGCCGCCUCACUUCCGGAAGGUCCCUCCAUCGCCGGGAAGAAGGCUAAAGCCGGCGCUAGCGCGGUACCUGCCGACGAUCCGGACUGGGGUGACGACAACGAUGAUGCUGAUGCCGCCGCGCCGUCGACCGCUUGAUUGGGCCGCCGGCCGUUGCCUCCCGGGCCCGGGCUUCUCUGCUCUCGCCACAGCAGCUGGCGAUGGCGGGCUGGAUUCGGGCUGCUUUACAUUAUGCUGCAACCGGCAGACUUUGUGUCGAGCACGCCGAUCUGGAACCGCUUCCACAUGGCCUUGCCCUUGGACAGGUGGAAUUCAAAGUCCCUUGUUGCGUCGCCGCCCGCCCGGCCCAAGAUACACUGAGGGCCUGCGGGGUGGUCGUCGAGAAAGUGCGUCACGUCGUAGACAUUGCCAUUGGCCGAGAGCCAGCACGACGUUGCCGUCGAGUUGAGCGCAACCUCGGCGGCAGUAAAGACCGGCCACGAGCCACGGGUUGGCCGUGGCGAGCCGUCGGCAUUGGUCUUGAGCGAGACGCGUGGGAGCGGCG